CCUCGAUCCAAACCCGGAAAUGAAGUGCAAACAAAGAGAAAUUUUAUAAAAAUAAACACUUCAUCACAAUAUAGGAAGAAUAUAUGGACGUUUGAAUGUUGUAUCUAUGCUACGGGGAUAGCAUUAGUGGAAAAAAUGUUACAGUAGAGCUGUCGUGGUUAUAGAAAUACAUGGCAACUGAGCUACAACAUGGCUAUGUGGGCGAUAUCACUUGCGAUUCUCACAGUGACGUCUCUUCUUAGGCAAACAGCUUCAUCUGCCUACAAGACAUGCCAGUUCAAGGGGUUCACACUGGAAAGCUGCAGAUACUAUGUUGAUGGCCAAUAUGUUGACAUUGCAGCAACCAUCAAUACAUGUGUACAGCCUAAUGAUGUCAAAGUCAAUAUUGCUAUGGCAUCCCAGGCUACAUGGACCCACACUUUUGUCAACAAGAAUGAAAUGAAGGAAGUGCCAGGGUUUGCUCACCAGGUGUCUCUUCAGUUGUUUCUAAAUCAUGAUGUCAUAGGACAACUAAAAAUUGAGGCCAAAUUCAUUGUGGAUAGUGCCCCAUUGUUUCCUUUCAUCACAGAUACAGUUGCCAUACCAACUAGUCCCAAUUGUUUUACCCCUCUUGGUGGAACAAUAGGACUUGUGAUUCUCAUCAUUUUUAUCAUCCUUGUCAUCAUGAUUAUCGUCUCUAUUGUUUGUUUUGUCAUCAUAAGACGUAGGCGAUGUUAUAAUCCAGAGCAUCUUAUCACCAAUGAGCAAUCCGAUCCAAAAGACAUUCAAGAUGACUCGUAUACCACAACUGUCAUAUCUAAUGAUACUUUAGCACUUCCAAAGAUACAAAUUGAGCUGGUGAGUGAACAGAACGAGGAAACAAAAGACAUGGAUAUAUAUAAAGGUGAAGUCAAUACUGAUAAAGAGCUUAAUAGAAAUGAACAGCCGCAUGCUCAAAAAGGUGAUAUUGUGCCUGAAAAAGAAGACAUGUCAGUCCCGUCCAAAGGGAAAUUCCAUGGCACCAAUGGAAAUUUCCAUGAUAAUGAUGCUAGUGGAGAAUUCCGUGACCCUUAUGGAAAAUGCCCUAAUACCAAUGGAAUAUUCCAUGGAUCCAAUGGAAAAUUCCAUAACAAUGACACUAAUGGAAAAUUCCAUUAUAAUCAGAAUUCCAAAGAAAGUUGUCAGGAAAAUGGUGCAGUGGGUGGCAUGCCUAAUACACCUAAGAAAAAGCAUAGGAGUAAAAGGAAAAAUGUUCCCCAAUCUCCUAAACAUCACAAAACCUCUCAUAAUAAGCAAUUCAUGAAAGCAGGUCCAAGUAUAGAAAGCAUCAAAGAAGAUGAUGCAGAAAUUGAAGGAAUUAAAACAGUUGAGGUAUGCACAUAGUUGAAUGAGGCUUGCAUUAGUGCCUUAUUUGCAAUCUGAUUCCAUCAGUUUCUGCUGAGGCAACAUACAUAACUCAUGUAACAUUAUCUAACCACAAUAUAAAGUAUUAUUUUAUCAAAAUGAUCAAUGAAUAACUAUUCACAAGAAUAUCAAUGCUCUAUAAAGUGCAUAAUCUAUUAAAUUCUGCUGAAGUUAAAAACAGGGUCCAAAAAUGUUGACAGAAUGUGUACAUGUGUUAAAUACAUUUUGUAUGAUAUUUCCAUGAUACAUACUUUCAUUACUCAUGGUCAUGAGUAUGUACAAAAACUAUCAUGAAAAGAGAGCAGAGACAUUUUUAUCAUCAGACUACAAACAUGUAUUUUGGGAAUUAUAGUGAUCUCAAUUAGUAUUAGACAGUAUUAGGUAAGAGGAGGGAAACCCC